AUGGCAACUUUAGUUCAAUGUUACUGUCAGCCACCUGCCGGUGAAAUGGGUCGUUCAUACUCAUAUUUCAAUAGUAGACAAAUGGAACUGAGAAAGGAUGUGGAAUGGGCUUUUGGAAUUCUGAAGCGGAAUUUCGCCAUCAUUUGUGGGCCUUAUCGUGGUCUAAGUGCUCGUGAAAUGCAUAAGACUGUGCUGACUUGCAUAAUUAUGCAUAAAAUGGUAAUUCAGGAAACUCGUCAUAAUAAGAAUUGGAUUAACCAUGAAGAUGAAGCCUUAAGGCCUGAAAUUCAACCAAAAAGAAGAUUACCUGCAAGGAACUAUAUGCAAAUGACUAGUCACAUUGAGAACAGAACUCUGUAUAACAGGUUAAAGGAAGAUCUCAGAGCGAAUAUAUGGGCUGAGUUUGGAAGAGAUGGAGGGCGAAUUGAGUAG